CGAUAAGCGAAAAUGGGUAUAAAGCCGGCCGUGGCCGGUCCGUGCCGGUCACAAAACGCAGCGCGAUCGACGCGAAACGGUCGAAGAAUUGAGCGAACAAUUAUUUUCCGAAAGAGUAUUUCGAGCGGGAUGUACGGAGCGGAGGAGGCGCCGGAGUACCGGCCCGGGGGCGGUUCGUUCUUCGAGCAGAACUGCGGGCAGAUCUUCACGAAGGGGCCGGCGCUCACGAAGGAGAUCCUCGGUAAGGUCAACGCGGAGAUCGUGCCGAAGCGGACGAGGAUGUUCGGCAGGGAGUUCAGGACGAAGCCGAUUUUGAUGACAUCGGGCAUCUGUCUGCUCCUCUUCGCCAGCCUCCUGGUGGCCUUCGUCACCUGUCUGACGGACACCAUCGACGAUUACAUGCUAUCGCAAUUGGCGCUGAAGAACGGCUCGGACGCGUUCGCCUGGUGGCAAAAACCGCCGGCGAAGGCCUUGUACAAAUUGCACAUAUUCAACUACACCAACAUCGAGGACUACGCCGACGGGUUCGUCGAUAAAUUCGACGUGAAGGAAUUGGGACCGUAUACUUACGAGGAAACAUUGGAGCGAGUGGACCUUUCGUUCCCAACCGAAGACACGAUAUCGUUCAGAGAAAAACGAUCCAUACGUUUCCUGCCGGAGCUCUCCAAGGGCAGCGAAACCGACAAGCUGGUGGUACCCAAUCUUCCUCUACUGAGCGGAUCGGCGGCCACCAAAUCGAGCAACUACCUGGUGCGCUUGGGCUUCGACAUCGUCGUCAACGGCAUGGAGGAGAACGCGUUCGUCGAGGUCGCCGCCGGCGCCUUCGUCACCGGCUACCAGGACAAGCUCUACGAAUUGGCCAAGAACUUCCUGCCGCCCGGCACGCCCGGCAAAAUGGGCAUCAUGGCGGACAAAUCCGGCGUGUCGCCCACCAGGUUCACCAUCAACACCGGCGCCAAGGACAUCGCGAAACUGGCCGCCGUGUCUGAGGUAGAUGGCGCUAGCGAGUUGGGAUACUUCUCCAGCGGCGAGUGCAACAGCGUCGAAGGUACCGACGGGGCGCUGCACCCGCCGACGGCGGUGCGCGACAAACGGCCGUUGCACUACUUCUUCCCGCAGGCGUGCCGCCGGAUGCCGCUGGUCUACCAGCGGGAGACCCGGGUGCUCAACGGGCUGGUGCCGGCCUAUCGGUACGUCCAUCCGGAGGACAUCUUCGACACCGUCGAGGAGAACCCGCGGAACGGGUGCUUCUGCGACGGGCUGUGCCCGCCCAAGGGGGUGUUCAACAUCAGCGCUUGCAAUUACAACGCGCCGAUGUUCCUGUCCCAUCCGCACUUCCACCGAGGCGAUCCCAAGCUGAUCGAACCGUUCGUCGGUCUGCAGCCGAACCGCGGCGACUUCGAGUCGUACUUCGACCUCCAUCCGACCAUGGGCUUCGCCAUGAGGGUGCGCAACCUGGUGCAGAUCAACGUGCAGGUGCAGAAGGCCCUCAGCGUGGACAAGGUGGACAUGUUCGAGGACGGCGUCAUCUUGCCCAUAGCUUGGAUGGAAGGCGUCGUGGACGACACUCGCCUGCCUGAUGAAGUUAGAGACAUCAUCGAUCUGGUGACCUUCACGGUGCCCAUUAUAAAACUGGCCCUCGAAUACGGCUCGUUGCUGACGGCUGUCAUCACGACGAUUUCGCUGGGAUUGGUGUUGAGCAGGUACCGCAGGAGGUCCAAGGGGCUUCUGAGGCUGCAGCAAGGCUACUCGUCCAGUUAGAGGCUUUCCCGAUUGGACGGACGAGCUCUAUUAAUAGCCGGGCAGGAUUGGCAGUUGACGGAUAUGAGAGGAGGCUUUGACAGAUGACGGGGCUUUGACGGAUGACGUGUUACGCACGUGUCAAGUUCUAAGAUGGCCGAUCGUGAGGCUCUAAUGCGGGUUUUCUGGUGUAUUAGGUUUGUUCCAGCGGGAUGUUCUAGUUGUGUUGUGAAUAUUUACUCUUUUUUUAUUGUUUUGUAAGAUUUAUUAUACAGGGUGUGGAAGGUUUGAAUAGGGAAAAUUUGUGUUGAUUGUUAAAAUGCGUAUAUUUUAUUUUAUGAGUAAAUUGGACGAUUUUUUUUUGGAAUAUUUUACAAAAUUAAUCGAUUAAUUCACAUGAUUUUAGAAAAUUCUGAACGUUCUGUUGGAACAAACUUGCAAAUUCGUUGCUGUUGAUGAUAUGCGAGAUGAUUAUAAUUAUUUUUUAAUUUAAUUUUUUUUUUUGUAAAAAUUGUUUAUUUAUUUAUUUGUUAAUGGUUAUUGUUACAGUGAUUUUUUCCGGAGGAAAAAUAAAUUUCGUUUCGU